UAUCCUUCUCAUGUGUGAGUCGCGGUUCGCACAAACAUUAUAAACAUGGCAUGUGAAAAUUUAAUUAGAGUGAUUUUUGUUUUUAUUAAAGUUUUUAGUUCGUUCGGUCAAAGACUUUCGUAUGGAGAUCCUUGCAAUUUCACAGAAGAAUGCUCGGAUCAUCGAUAUGAAUGCCUUCCUGCUGAAGAAGAUACCUCGAGAUGUCUUUGUGAUAGAUUUCAUUCUUGGAUGGGGGAAAGUGUGGGAUGUGUUCAAAUUUAUAAUGCUUCAGACAUUAUGAAUAUGACUGUAAUAACAGUCACGGAUAAUAUAAUCCACCUGGAGGAGCAAGUGGAAGCGGUGAUUAAAGUCCAGAUAGCUGCCGGAUUGUUUGUUUUUGGCAUGGUCAUAUUUGGGUCAAUUGCUGUAACAGCGUUUUGUGUUUACGUCCACAUGAAGGACCGCAAAGUUGGUAAUACAGUUUCCUAUAAAAAGAAACAAAAGGAAAAAAGAACGUUUCCGGUGAAACCCACAACUUCUUUUGUGUAAUUUUAGUUAUUUGAAUAAAAAACAGCAACUUU